CAGGCCCUACACUAGUCAUUAUGACCAGCUAUAAUUGACUUGCAGUGGUUUUAGAAAAUUAUAUUACAGGCCUGUCUAAGGAUGACUGAAUAUAUUGUUCUGUAGACUUCUCUAAGCUAAAUUAAGAUGAGUAAACAGAAGCGAUGUUGCUGAUAUUAAUCAGAUCUCCUUUUCUUGUACAACUUCAUUCAUAUCAACGAUGCACUCUAGGAACAUAAGUCACAUCCAUACUUCGCUGGCAUUUUAUUAUAUCAAUUCUAGAGUGACGAAAGGUUAAUCUGGCCUCGGAAGGAUUUGAACUCGAUCGAAAGAGCCGUAAAAAACACACCAAGGUAUUUUAUCCGACGCGCUAACAAUACCGUUAAAGUCAAAAACCGUCUUAAGCCUGCUACAUCGUUUACUUAGGACGACUCACCGUUCAUUUCUAUCGUCUCUUCGCUACAUUUUAUAAGAUAAAGAACAAAUUCAACCAACAAAUCUGUUUGGUGGAGUUGAAUAAUUUAUAAAUGAAUAAAUCAUCAUCGUUGUGGACAGAAGAAAAGAAUGAUAUAAGAUUAAGAAAAGCGGGGGGGGGGUAUAGAGCGGGAGUAGUAGCAGUGACGGGGGAGAGAAAGAAAGAGCUUGAGCGUGGUAGAUGGUGGGAACAUAUUCUUUGAUUUGAGAUAUUUCUUCACAUUUAACUACUUUAACAGUUUAAAGCGCGAAUAUAACAACGAAAGAUGACUUCAGAAUCAGAGAAAACCCCGGAGAAUAGUAAAUCGGAGAAAAUACCUGAGAAUAGUAAAUCAGAUGAUAAAACUGAAGAUAUAAUACCAGAGAAACAAGCUUUAAACCCUACCCCUGAUAAACAACAUGCUAUGGUCAUGGAGAAAAGUGUUGGUUUAUUCAGUGCCGUUGCACUGAUUGUAGGAACAAUGAUUGGUUCUGGUAUUUUUAUAUCCCCUAAAGGAGUAUUGAUUGGAGGUGGCUCAGUGGCUUUGAGUUUGAUAAUUUGGUUUUUAUGUGGUCUCUUAGCUACUUUAGGUUCCUUGUGUUAUGCUGAACUAGGGGCUGCCAUCCCUAAAUCUGGUGGAGAAUAUGCAUAUCUUAUACAUACCUUUGCUGCAUCACAUCCAACCUGGGGUCCUGUACCAGCCUUUUUAUUUGCUUGGUUAGCAAUGUUUGUCAUACGACCAGGAAUGGUAUCGAUAAUGGUGAUGAGUCUUGGAACAUAUGCAUCAAAACCAUUCUAUGGUGACUGUGAACCACCAGUUGUGGUUGUGAAACUUAUUACUAUCACUGUAUUAGUAUUUAUUGCUUUCAUCAAUGCCACCAGUGUGAAAUUUGCAACUAAGAUUCAGAAUGUUCUAACAAUUACCAAGAUAGCUGCUAUCAUCAUUAUCACUGUUGGAGGCUUUUAUUAUAUGGCAAUAGGUAAAGUCGAUUUUAUUUCUGAAGGCUUUCUGGAUACAUCUGUAAACCCUUCAGAUAUUGCUUUAGGAUUUUAUAAUGGGCUUUGGGCCUAUGAUGGUUGGAACAACUUGAAUUUUGUCACUGAAGAAUUAAAAGACCCUUUCAAAAAUUUACCUCGUGCUAUUAUGAUUGGAAUACCUACAGUGACAUUUUGUUAUAUAUUGGUCAAUAUUGGCUAUUUUACUGUGAUGUCCAAAGAAGAAAUACUCAUGUCCAAUGCUGUGGCUGUGGUUUGGGGAAAGAAAGUUCUUGGAGUAAUGGCCUGGAUCAUGCCUGUAUUUGUUGUACUUUCCUGUUUUGGUGCUGCUAAUGGCAGCUUGUUUUCAAGUGGCAGAUUAAACUUGGUUGUAGCAAGAGGUGGACACUUGGUGAAAGCCCUCUCAUUUAUCCAUGCGAAACGUCUUACACCAAUCCCAUCAAUCAUUUUCACAACAGUUGUUGGUAUUUUUUUAAUUAUGGUGUUUGAAUUGGGUAAUUUGAUUGAGUUCUUUAGUUUUACUGCUUGGAUAUUUCAUGGCCUUACUUGUCUCUGUGUAAUUAUUCUCCGCCGUACACAAAAGGAUCUUCACCGACCAUAUCGUGUACCAAUAUUCGUGCCAGUCCUUGUUAUUCUUGGAUCAAUCUAUCUGAUUGUUACACCAAUUAUCCUAAAUCCAAGAAUUGAAUUUUUGUAUGCAUUUAUGUUUGUGAUCAGUGGUCUUCUUGUCUAUUUCCCAUUUAUUCACUACAAACUGAGAUUCCCUUACAUUAAUGAAAUUACUGAAGUUGUCCAAAAAAUAUUGCUGAUUGCUCCAAUUCAUGCGGAAUAAGUUGAAGACAAUAAAUGACAGGACUUUGAUCUCCACGGAACAUCAUAUCAACUUCACAGUUCUUUAACAGUUUACAUAUAUAUAUGUGUGUGUGUGUGUGUGUGUGUUAUACAUAUGUUUAUAUUUAUAUACACUUGAAGGAUGCUGAUAUCUGAAAGAUUUUGAUUAUUUUAAUGAUGCCUUUUCCUAAAAUUGUCAUUUAAAA